UGAUUUGCAGCUGUUUUUCGAGGAGCCGCUGCCACGGUUGUCCAUCCCCGUUUGAUUCGGAGGAAAAUCUCACUGCAUCUGGACUCUUGAUCCACUUUCCUUCUCGGCCCUCGGCGUGUUUCAGGUGUGACGCAAGUUUAGCCUGACCUGCUCUAAUUCUCUAACGAGAUUGACCGUCCCCGGAUAUCCCAUUAGACCCUGAUUAACUGGGCUCAGCUCAUUAGCUCUGACAAACCAAUUCACCUCUGCCAACCUCCGACUCAGACGAUCCAGCCCCGCUCCUGCAUCCAGACAAAAAACAUGUGCUGCAAUGCAGCGAAUCAGGCGUCCCCUCAGAAACAUCAAGAAAAGCCAUCACUCGAUAUUCCUCCUAAACCAAUAAAGGCUAAUUUUUAAUGUGACUUUAUUUAGACUUUUAAUUUGCGUCUUAAACUCAAUAAAACUCACUGAAACAAGAUCCAACACAUAUUUACUUCACAUGUUUGUUUCCUUCCCUCAGAGUUUCUCUUUUCUCUGCAGACCUCCACUGUCUCAUAGUCUCACAUUUCAUCUCCACCUGUUCCCUUUCUCCUCCGGCUUCGUUCUUUCAUUUCUUCACCUGCUCUUGUCUUUUGACCUCGUAACCUGAUUUUCUUUCUCCAAUCGGUUUACCUGCCUCCUCUCGCCAUCGCUCCCUCUCCCUGUCUCUCCUCUCUCUCUCUCUCUCUCUCUCCUUGACUCUCUAUUUCCAUCUUUGAGCUUUAUCCCUUCAUCCCUUAUCUCCUUCAUCCCCUCCAAUCCUCAUCUGUUCUUCGCUGUGGAGGAAGGGAGACAGAAAGAGAGAGUUUUUCACGAGCACAAGCUGCGAGCAGUCUGCCGGGGGAAGAGCGUCGGAGGAGCCAGUGAGCAGGUGGUGCACCCUGGGAUUGUAGGAUCUAAAAAACACUGCGAGGGGAACGCGGAGCCGGAGGAGUCUGGGAACAGGUUCAGAGGAACAGGAGGAAUCACGUUGUGAGUGGAAAAGUCGCAGCUUCGUUUUCCGUCAGUAACACUCCUUAGCAACCGUCGCCAUGGCAGCUGAGAAAGCUGAAAUGGAUGCACUGAAAAAGGAGUGCGAUGGCAUCCGUGCACAGAUUGAGGCGGCCCGUAAGGCUGUGAACGACAGUAGCAUGUCCUCAGCAGCAGGAAGUGCCACUGCGGUGGGCCGAGUCCAGCUGAAGCUGAGGAAGACGCUCAAGGGUCAUCUGGCCAAAAUCUACGCCAUGCACUGGUCAGCUGACUCCAGGCAAAUGGUCAGCGCGUCACAGGACGGGAAGCUGCUCGUCUGGGACACCUUCACUGGGAACAAGCUGAUCGCCGUCCCACUAAAGUCGGCCUGGGUGAUGAGCGUCGCCUUCGCCCCCUCUGGUAACCUGGUGGCCAGCGGUGGUCUGGACAACAUCUGCACAGUCUACAACAUCAAGGCCGCCAGCCCCAAGACCCUCAGGGAGCUGGACGCACACACAGGUUACCUGUCCUGCUGCCGUUUCCUUAGCGACUCUGAGAUCCUGACCGCCUCUGGUGACACCACCUGCUGCCUGUGGGACCUGGAGACCGGCAAGCAGAAGAUCAUCUUCACCAACCACAUCGGAGACUGCAUGUCUCUGGCUCUGUCCUCCGACAUGAACACCUUCAUCUCUGGAGCCUGCGACUCUCUGGCCAAGCUGUGGGACCUGAGGGAAGGGACCUGCAAGCAGACCUUCAGUGGACACACCAGCGACAUCAACGCCAUCUCUUACUUCCCCAGUGGAAACGCCAUCAUCACGGGCUCUGACGACUGCUCCUGCAAGAUGUACGACCUGCGCGCUGACCAGGAGGUGAUUGGCUACCAGGACACCAGCCUGAACGCCGGCGUCACAUCUUUGGCUCUGUCCAACUCAGGCCGCCUCAUCUUCGCCGGCUACGACGACUUCAACUGUCACAUCUGGGAUUCUCUGAAGGGAGAGAAAGUCGGCGUUCUGUCCGGCCAUGACAACAGGGUGAGCUGCACCGGCGUCCCUGAGGAUGGGAUGGGCGUCUGCACAGGAUCCUGGGACAGUUUCCUCAAACUGUGGAACUGAGGCGUCCCGGCGGAGGAUAAACAUCAGGAGGAGGAAGAGCAGGGGGGAGGAAGAAGAGGAGGAAGAGGAGGACGAGGAAGAGAAGUGAGGUUGGGGGAGAGCUGACUGAGCGCAGACCUUCCUCUCUUUCUCUCCCCCUCUCCACCUCUUCCUUGUUCAUGUAUGCAAAACGAGAGUCUGUGAGUGAGUCCGUUGUGUAAAUGGCAUCAGGCAUCAGCAGUGAGAGAUGCAUCCCACUGUACGUGCACCAGUUUCAUUACGUCCAGACGAUGAUUUAAAAAAUAAAAACCUUUUUAAAAAAUAGUGCGUGAUUCAAAACGAGCAGAAAAGAAGCUCUUAUCGAUAAUGUCAAUUAAACACAUAGAUGUUGGACAAUAACAAAGAAAGAACACAUAUUGAAAGUGAGGCUGUAGCAUUACAGAUUUAUUUUUAUCGUCUUUGACCUGCACUUAUCUAGAGGAAAUAUUGAU